CCCACCCGUCGAGAAAGCUGGGUCAAAGUGCACAGGAAGCUGGGGGGCUGCCAUCUUUAGCCUGCCGCUAAUGCUAGCGUAAACGUUAGACGCUACAACGACUGGGCGAAGCGGUCGGUCGGUCGGUUCGGGGGGAUUUUGUAGCUAGCUGGCCUCCGCGGCUCCAUUGCAAAAUUGCAAACUCCGUCCUUUCUCCUCCGAAUCCGCCGCUGGAUGCAUUCGGCAUGGAGAAGCUAGCGGAGCCGUCUUGGACCUCUUCGUACACCUACCAGGUGAGCAAGCACAGCGCGGAGAUGCUACACAAUCUCGACGUCCAGAGGAAAGAUGGAGGCAGGUUCUGCGACGUGAUCCUGCGCGUCGGCGAGGAGAGCUUCCCCGCACACAAGGCGGUGCUGGCGGCGUGCAGCGAGUACUUUGAGUCGGUGUUCGGCCGCCAGCCGGAGGACGGCGACGCCAGGGAGCUGGAGAUGCACACCAUCAGUCCCAAAGUUUUCAAAGACAUCUUGGACUUCGCGUACACGUCAAGGAUUGUGGUGCGGCUCGAGUGCUUCCCGGAGUUGAUGACAGCUGCCAAGUUUCUGCUGAUGCGCUCGAUUAUUGAAAUCUGCCAGGAGGUCAUCAAACAAUCCAAUGUGCAAAUCCUCGUCCCGUCCUCGCGGGGAGGGAACGCCAGCCUUUGCCAGGCCGCCGGGGCGGCUGAGCUUGGAUUCCCAGUGGCCCAGCAGCAGGAUUUGGUGAACGGGACGGCGCUGGUAGGCUUCGCUAACAAUGGACAUCAGGUGGAUGGGAGCGAAGCCGCAGCCGCUGCCGCCGUGCUACUGGAGGACGCCGCCGAGGGAUCGAUGCCCAUCCUGCAGCCCGUCGGCGGGCUCCCUGUGCCUCCUGAAACAACAACGCUGCACCACGACGUCGUUUCAAAGAGGGGCAGGGGCAGACCCAAGAAGACUGGGGCCUCCGAGGAUCCCGUCCACUUCAAUCAUAACGCGCAAAAAAACAUUGUGCUCUUUCCGUGCGGCGCUUGCGGCAAAGCCUUUACGGAAGCCUCCCGUCUGAAAAACCACGAAGCCCAACACGGAGCCAACGUCGGCGGCCGCUCCACGCCGGGCGGCCUGGCUCUGCUGGGCCAGGAAAACGACGCGCAGUUCCACGGAGGGCUGACGCUGGACCAUGGCCGCAAGCGCGAGAGGACCCGUCGGCACGUCGGCUGUGACAUCUGCGGCAAGGUGUUCCGCGACGUGUACCACCUGAAUCGACACAAGUUGUCCCACUCCGGGGAGAAGCCCUACGCAUGUCAUGUGUGCGGUCUGCGCUUCAAACGCAAAGACAGGAUGUCCUAUCAUGUGCGCUCCCACGACGGCUCCGUGGGCAAACCCUACGUGUGCCAAAGUUGUGGCAAAGGCUUUUCCAGACCAGACCAUCUGAAUGGACAUAUCAAACAAGUCCACACAACAGAGAGACCCCACAAGUGCCAGAUUUGUAAUGCCUCUUUUGCGACAAGAGAUCGCCUCAGGUCACACCUCGCAUGUCAUGAGGACAAAAUUCCUUGCAAAGUUUGCGGCAAGUACCUCCGUGCGGCCUACAUGACGGACCACCUCAAGAAACAUAGUGAAGGAACACACAACUACUGUGGCAUUUGCAACAAAGGUUUCUCCACUGCCUCCUAUCUUAAGGUGCAUACAAAGACACACCAUGGCUCCUCACUGCCAUCCUCUGGCGCGUUGCACCCAUUCCCUGAGCCAAGCGGGGAACUACAGAUGCACAACGGCACCCCUUACCACAUGGGACGCCAGUGCUCAGUGGAAGAUGCCAGUCAGCAGCUGGUACUCUCCCCGCACGAGGCAGGGGCUCGCUUUCAUGGUCUCUCUGGACUUCAAGUUCUACCCCAGGCUGGUCCGCAGCCUGAGCUGCUUGUAGGAAAGCCAGGCGGGACUCCGUAUUUCUGGGAGUGUCGCUCUGGUGGGGUGCCCGCUUUCCCCAUCCAUGGGCCUGCUGCAGACGGGCAGGGAAACGACGGGAAAUGUCCUCAUCUGGAGUCGGAAGAAUCCGAUCCUUCAUUCGGGGAACUUUCCAACUGUGAUGAAAUGAAAUCUCCACACAAAUCAGAGCUGGAGAUCCCCUCGCUGGCCUGCAACGGAACCUCUGCGGGGGCUUUGGGCUCUCCGGAGGGUCCCAAAGCCAAGACGGACCCUGAGAAGAAAUUCAACUGCAGCAUCUGCGGUCAGGCCUUCCGCACCAGGUCCUACCUCAGGAAACAUCAGCACAGAGUACACAAAACCCCCAGGGCCCAGUCAGGGUCCGCUUCGGGUUUGAGCGAGCUGGCCCCCUUCUCGCCGCAGCAGAGCAUGUCCCUGCUGGAGUCGUUCGGCUUCCAGAUCGUCCAGUCGGCCUUCGCCUCCUCAUUGGUGGACGCCGACGCGGGUCAGAGCGGGGUGGACUUUGGUGGAAAGUGACGCGCAUGCUUGGCUUCUAGUGUUCCCUAUCCCAGCGCACCCAAGUUGCUCCGUGUUUGACAGUAACCUCAAGACUACUCUUGCUUAAUGUGUAUAUUUUUGCCAGACUGCCAUAUGAUUCCUACUUUUUCUACUUUUUCAGAGUACGAAACGUGCAUACACCGUGUUGUAACGAUCUUUAUAACGAGAAGACAUGAAGGCGAUCUCUUCUUUGUAUCUUGGAGGAAGUUUCGUUUGUUUUGAUUGUUCAUCCAGCUUUCUUAGCCGCACGUGACGAAUGGACGGAUGCGCCCGAAUCGCUCGCUAAUUCCUCUGAAACCAUCUUGGCCUUCAGAGCAAUGGACGACGCGUAAGUGUGUAUUCACGUUGCUUCGUUUUCCAGACAGGAUUGUUCAAUCAACGGCAGAUUCCAAAAUCGGAAUCCGCUCAAUGCAAGCUAACACAUCAUUGGUCACGUUAGUCACCAAGAGAAGCGAAGCACCGACAGAAGACGAAAGUCAAAGGCACUUUUUAGUUUGCGUUUCACAUUUGCGUUUAAAUCUGAACGUCUUUUGCUUAAACAAAUCAUGAAUGAGGUUGUGGAAGAUUUUUUUCUUUUUUUUUUUUUUUUAGAUGAAGUGACAAAGCAUGCAAUGGUCUUUUAAGACGGAGGGCACGAAAAUGUUAACCCUCGAAACACCCCUGUUGGCAAUUGUGUUCCCCAAAUCUUUUGUGUUCAAUCCUUGUGUAUUCACUGAACGGGGGACCCAGGUCAGGUAGAUUAUCAUUUAUAUAUUUUAUGAAAUGUAGAUUCUAUUUUAUUAACUUAUUUAAGCCCUCGCUUUUGGGUGCCGUCUCGUUUCUUUGCGUGCGUAAAUGUUUUGGUUUCUCAAUUUUGAAACUCUCGUAAGUUAUGUUUUAGGAGAUGUGUGUGUGGAUGUGUGUGUUAAUUGAUCAAGGAGCACCUGGACCGAUCACAAACAAGUGAGCCGUCUUUUUCGUAUGUAACAUUCCUCCAAAACGUCUCUGCUGUAUCGGGGAUAUUUGAACGAGCUCCUGCUCAGACGGGAAGGAAGAACAUUUUCUCACGUUUUUGAGUUCCGUUUUGUUUUUCUGUCUCCAUUGACCAACAUGUUUGUCUCACCAUGUAUAGUGCGUGUGUUCCAUCUCCUACGUUCUGUUUUGAUUAGAGAGUAACUGAUUCUAUAUUAUUUAUGAUUAUAUAUAGUGAAUUGUAACAACUGUAUAUACACCAUCCAUAUGCACAUUUUAUAAAUAUAUAUAAAUAUCGAACCAACCAAUGAGGUUUGUAACCGGUGGACCUGUACAUAAGCAGAUUGUUUUGGUUUUGUCCGUUGUCCUGUUGUGCUAGGAGCUUGUUAAGUUAUCUUGCGUUACGUCUUUGGCUGAGUCAAUCAACUACGUGCGAGCUCAUCGCAUAGCGCUUUUUAUUUGUCAUUUUCUCGUGAGCCACUCUGCCAUCGAAGGCUUGUGUUGUCAUUUGAGGACAAAGUGAAUUUGCUUUCACUCACAUUGGUACUUCUUUGUAAAAGAUGUUUUGUUUUCCUUUAAAUCUUCGGCUUUCUUCUUUCGGUCUGUUGCAAAGUGCCUUCCACAUACUGAUUGUGCACAGCAGUGGAUUUAAAGGUUGUCUUUUGGAGAAUUGUACCGUGACUUGCAUUGGGACUUUUUAUUUUUUACAAAAUACACAGAAAAUGUACAGUAUCUCAACUUGGUAUUCCUAUAUGGUUACAUACAAAACAAAACACGCAUACAAAGAAAAAAAGCUUUUAAAAUGUGCGCUACAUGGUUUGUUAUAACGUCUUUGGACAUAUUUCAGUAUAAGCAGCAUACUUUUCUACAGUAUAAAUCUUUGUUUUUGUACUCUGUUAUUCAGUCUCUUGUUGCCAGAGAGACAAGGAUCCAAUAAAUUGCAAUGGAAAAGCCCUUGA